AUGAUUCGGCUACCUCCAUCCCUUAUAACCAUUGGUUUGGGCGAUAUCAAAGACUACGACAGACGCACAAAACGUCGGGUCAAGUCACAGCUAAAUCCACAAGCCGCGCCUUUCAAACAUCAGAUUAUUCUACCAAUUAGAUCCAUCAGUCACAGAAGCAGAAUUCAUGGUUCAUCUGCUGACACAAUAGCAAACACCGAUGGAAGUCAUCUCACAAACCAGCCCAAUCAAGAACCGGUUCAAAGUCAUCAUAUCCCAAGACUUGCAUCACCUCUUCCAUUGGAGUGUAUUAUACAAUUGCCUGCUCAUGCUCAUACUCAGGAUUCUGAUAUUUCGGAAUGGGAAAACGCAUCGCCCCGCUCUUCUGAUGGUACAAUCACAAACAACCAAUUUGUGGAUGGCUCUUCAUAUGAAGCAGAGCUUCCCGAGAUGCACAAUGUCAGAAAGUCGGAGACAUUCGAAGAAUGGCUAGAUGCGAGGCGUGGAAAGAUAUUUGACGUGCCGGAGACCCAAAAUAGCCAAGAGUCGGCGGAGCUUGAAGCGGGCGAUGAAUCUUUCGAGAACUCCGGUAUUAGGCGGCUCUCUUCCCCUUCCAAAGACAACUUCGACUACGGCGGGUUUGUUGAAAGUCCCAGUCAGCAAGAAAGUGACCAGAGUCGAGGAUCUUCACCUUUCGAACCAGAGGACGCUUCGACAACCCCUCAUAUACAGGCACCAGCAGCACAGAGACUACCAGCUCGUACAAGACUACCGCGCUCACCUUUGUCCUUGGCACAAAAUGCAUCAAGCUCACCAGAGCGACAUACUACGGCUAGUUUGACACCUAGAGUCGUAUCUCGCAUAGCUACCCACAAUACUCCAGGGUUUUUGUUUGCGCAGCCGGCUCGACGCCCUGGACCUAGCCCUCAUACUCAAUCUACACAUCAACCUCGCACAUUGAGGCACCAAACGAAUAGCUUUUCAUUUGAUGACUCGGAAAGAUCUAGUGUCGCUUACGAACAAGAGAGAGCACUAUCUUCAUCUACAACCGAUAGUCGACCACGACCAUCGGAAAGCCUCAAUCUUCGUCAAGAAUUGCGUGGAAGCUCUUUACAGAGUUCUCGAAUACCUUCAUUUGCAAGCUCUGCUCGCAGUCAAGAGCGUCCUCCGUCAGACCGAGCAGUAUUAAUGGAGCCACAAGAGAUUGAAAGUGAGACAAAUACUUAUGAGCCCGUUCGUGAUGAAGAAAUGGACCCACACAGUCUUGUCUCAAUUGCAGAGCAGUCAAUAAUAUCAACAACCAUUUCCUUUCAUCGCUCCAAACAAGUGCAUUUACCACCACCAUUCUCAACCGUUUCCAGGUCGAAUUCAAGGGCAGGAUCACUCCCGAGCUCCCCAUCAGAUGCAUAUCAAAACAAAACUUCACCCACCAGCAUCGUCAGAAGCUGUUCGAGUGGCCCUUCAGGAAGUCCUUCAAGGAAUAUCUCUGUCUCAAGCUCUGUUAUUAGUCAGCUAAUCCGAGAGCAUGAUGAUAGGCAAGCAUCGAGCCCACCUUCCGUUGGGCGUCGACGAUUGAAUCCUAUUGUCAGAGCUGCUGCACGCUUGUUUUCGAGUCCCAAUUCCCGCUCGCCCCCACGCAAUUCUCCUCCUCCUUCACCUUCUCCAUCGCCACGUCGACGUCGCACGCGCCCACAGCCGACUCCAAGAAGAGACAGCGAUACAGCUCCCCAAACAUAUACUCCAUCUAGGAGAUACUCAGUGUACAACGAUUCUCUUCCUGCAGCUUCUCAGCCUCAGACCCCGGCCCACUUACCCGAAGCUCGACAUCAAUCUCGUUAUCAUCCAUCUUACACUGCACCCACAACUCGAUCCAUGGGUCGAUUGAGAAAUAUCCUUACCGAGCACAGUGCAUCAACUCCAGUUCGACCCAGCGACCCUUUCCAUCAAGAUUCUAGCCAAAGAUGGAUGUAUGUGACUGAUGCGAGAAGAACGAGACAGAGGUCAGGUUCGCCAGCAGGAAUGUCAGAUGAUGGCUUUCGAGGUCUUUAUGGUGGGAGAGAAAAUGGUGAUGAUGAACAGAGUUGGAUUGAUGGAGUUAGAGCUCGCAAUGCUGAGAUGAGGAAUUGGCAGACUCAAAGCGAUGAAGGAAGGCUGGAGGAUGAUGAAUAA